GAUGGCGCUGUUUGAUAUCAAGGCUUGGCCCGUCAAUUUAGGCAUUGUUGCCACCGUUACCGCUGGCUUUCUGGCUCUGGCCUUCAUCCUCCGCUAUACGUCGGGGAAAAAGCUGCAUCCAAGCGAGCCAAUAGUUAUCCAGUCAUGGGUUCCUCUCAUAGGCCAUCUGAUGGGCAUGGCGCUGCAUGGCGGCCGAUAUAUCAAACAGCUUGGACUGUCUUACCCCGAAGAACCCAUCCUGACUUUGCCUGUGCCAGGAUCUCGAAUUUACGUCGUGACGGAGCCGUCAUUGGCCGCUAGCGUUCAGCGCAAUACCAAGACGUUAUCCAUGUCACCUUUGCUGCCAGAGAUAACCCAGCGGGUUCUUGGGCUCGACGAGAAGACUUAUAAUGUAAUUGGCACAAAUCUGGAUCCAGAACCGGGCGAGCCACGGGGAUUCUUUGCUGACAUUCAUGACUGGGUGUAUACCUCCCUUGGACCGGGUGAAUAUGUAAAUACGCUGAGCUGUGAAGCUGCGCAGGAACUAUGUCUUCAGCUGUGUGAAGGAAUUGGCUCCUUUGAUAAGGCUGCUGAUGCCCCUCAGCCUAUUGAUCUUUUGGUCUGGACUCGCCACAUGGUAACCGUUGGUACGGCGAAAUAUCUCUUUGGACCCCGUAAUCCCAUUGCAGAGGACCCUGACUUGGAGCAAGCUUUCUGGGCAUUUGAUCACGGUCUUGCUGGAUUACUCAUCGGAAUAUUGCCAUCCGUCAUAGCACCCAAAGCGUAUAGCGGCCGAGAGAAGCUGUCUGCUGCGUUCUGCAGGUAUUUGGAAGCUGGCCAUCUGGAUUCAGCAUCAUCAAUUGCAAGGGGUAGAGCCCGGAUAGAAAAAGAAUAUGGCAUGAGCACAGACAUGACGGCUCGCUCAGCCCUGUCUUUUCUUUUUGCUGGUAUCGUAAAUACGACAACUACAACGUUUUGGGUAAUAUUAAGAAUAUUUGCGCAUGCAAAGCUUCUCGCCGAGACGCGCCAGGAGAUCCGCCAGGCGCUGGAGCUCAGUUACCAACGCACUGGACCGGACUCGCUGAGCAUUGGAGUGGUUAAAGAAACAUGCCCAACGCUCGUUGCUGUUUAUAGGGAGAGCCUGCGCAUCGGAUCGGAGAAUUUCUCUGUUCGCAUGAUCAAGGAGGACACGAUGCUGGCUGAUCGAUACUUUUUGAAAAAGGGUGCUGUUGUGCAAAUCUCUGGAGGUGUUAUCCAUGCUAAUAGGUCCAUAUGGGGCCAGGAUGCUGAAGACUUCAACCCGAACAGGUUUCUCAAAGAAAAGAGCAGAAGUGAUGGGUUUCAUCCAGCGGCAUUUCGUGGAUUUGGUGGUGGCAAGACGUUGUGCCCUGGUCGUGACUUUGCGACUAACGAGAUUCUCAUGUUUGCAGCCAUGAUCAUCCACGCAGUGGAUUUGGUUGCACCUGGGGGCGACGGCAUUUCUGUUCCCAAGAAGAAUGAUCGAGUGAUGCCUGUUCAUAUCCUGGAGCCGAAAUAUUUCCCCAAGGUCAUCGUCAAACCAAGGGCAGAGGGAGCUGAGUCUUUGAAUCGGCUUAGAGUGGUGGUGUAGUAACUGAGUUGAUGGCCAAGCAGGUUCAUGGCUGGCGAGAUCGAGUUUUGUUCUUUCAGCGUUCAGAAUGUCGACGUGAAUACUGGUGAUAUAAUUUUAUUGCGAGGUUUAAGCAGCUGCACGUAUUGCUCA